AAACGAUUACCAGUUGGACCUCUAUAAGGGACGACCUGGCUUUACUUGGACUGACGUCAUACUAGAAUUGACAAGAUUCAGUGGUCUACCUAUAGAAAAUAAAGUUCAAAGUAAGUGCAAUCAGACCUUCUAUAACAUUAUUCCUAAGCGAGGAAUGCGCAAAGUAGCAGAGAAAGCAAUGGAGAGCCCUGAAGUCCAAAAAGUGGUUAUCACUUCAGGAGUUGCUGCUGUGGCCGCCGGUGUUGCAGCUACAAGCGAUCUCUUGUCAACUCCCGAAAAACGCGCUAUAAAGGAAAAAGAAAAAAUCCUCAAAAGCGCCGAAGAGGAGCAACAGAAGGCUUCUGAUCAACUUGAGAAAUUCCCUAUAACUUCAGAGAUUAUCACGGAUAAAGCGAAAGAAGAGAGGGGGCGAUUAGAGCACGAAGUCGUAGCAGCAAACGAGACAGUGCGUCUGCAUAAAAGUGAGUUGACUGACCUUCGCAAAAAAGCUUCCGAAGGAAAUUCACUUCCCGGGCCUGAUCCUGAUAUUGGCAUUGAUAUUACAGAUUUGUUCCCUUGAAGUUCCACAAGCGCAAAUCUUUCGCCUUUGCUUGCUUUUUUUCAUGGUUGCGCAACCCCGCUUUGCUUGCUCUAACGAGCCUAGCAAACGAAAGAUCGCUAGCAACUCGCAAGCUCGCCCAACCGGGGCAAGCUUGCGCUUCGCUCCUUUCUUAGGGAAGAUCGCAAAGCUUGCUUUUUAAUGAAGCUGACGGGACAUUAUGGCAUGGGCGCGCAAAUUUCUAGCGAACCUGACGCUCGUUAGA